UUCAAGCAAGCAAGCGUCGUCAGGCAGGCCGGGUCAAUAUCAAUAGGGCAGGUAGGUACAGGGGGAGCAAGCGGAGAUGGGUCGGGGUCACAGGCCAGGUUCAGCAGGUAGCAAGCAGCGUGGUACAGAGGGUCAGGCAGAGGGAUGGUCAGGAGCGAGCCGGGAUCAGAGCAGGAGAAGUCAGCAGCGGUUCAGAUCAGGCAGGGUCAGCAAAGGAACAGAAACAGGAUGCAGGACAGAUACAGGGCCCAGGACAAACACAACACCAAGGCAUUUGCUGACCCUG